AUGGUGGCGAAAAAUCUCGUUUCCCUCCUCCUACUGAUCCUCGCCUGUCUUCUCGUGUCCCCAUGCUUGGCCAGGAGCGAUCUUUAUCGUGGAGAGAAACUCGUCGCCGCCGAAUGCUUGGUAAAGGGCGAUUUCACUUUAUGUAUGCAGACAAACUGCAACCUAGUGCUGCGGGAAGGAGGCGUUGUCAAGUGGUGUUCCCGUACAGCUGGCGAGGGAACGAACUGCCGCGCCAUACUCCAGAUGAAUGGGAACUUCGUUAUACGAAGUGGUACCGACAAAGUGUGGGAGACCAACACCAACAGUGGCGUCGUCGUCCUCCUAAAAAAUGACGGCAAUGUUGUCAUCUACAACGCCCAAAUGCAGCAAAUCUGGGAAAGAGGCACCGGGCCCUGUACUGCUGGGGCAACCGUGUCACCACUUCAGAACACGUCCUCCAUUCCUGCAGGCGUGACGUUUAGCAAGCCAUAA